AUGGAUCAGUGUCUCCCUUUAUCUCCUGUGGUUCAGUCUCUGGGGGCCCUGUACAAAGUGAGGAACUUCUCCUUUGUCAGACUCAGGGAUAUCAAAGGUGACCUGGAAAUCUAUGGUGAAGCCUACAUUGACACACAUGCCCAUGCUGAUGUCCACCAGGUUCUGCAAGCACUGAGGGGUCUUGUUAACUACUCUGUAGACUUGACAUCUCUCUCUGUGGAUGAUUCAAGGCUUAGCUUGCAGGUUUUCCCCAUUUCCUUCCUGAUCAACAACAGGGCAGUCAAUGAGAAACUGUUGGAUCACUCUUCUGUGGAACACCAGAACCUCACCAGGGACCUUGCUGAUGUGCUGAUGCAUGCCCUGAAGAAAUACCAAGGCCUCCUGCAAGUGGUAAUUCGAGACCUCCUAAGUGGCUCCCUGAUCUGUCAUGGCAAUGUGGUAUUCCAGCAUCCUGCCCCAGCCAGUGCAGAUGUUCUGCAGACUCUUGUUCUUUCAGUUGGUCCACAUGAUGUGUUGGCUGGGUCAGGCUUUCAGGUGGACCCAUAUUCUUUCACAGUGGCAGAUGAUCAACUGGAACCUCCCUUUGUGUAUCCAAGUUUCCCUGGAUAUGCUGUGGCAAUUAUUGUCAUGUGUGGCCUUGUUAUAAUUGCCAUUCCCAUUGUGGCUCUGCUGUACCUGAAUUCAGGGCUAUUUGGCUGGCACGACAAGGCUAUAAUUCAGGGUGGGAGAGACCAUGAAGCAGGGACACAAACAUUUGAACUGGAUAACCAAGGAUUCCGCUCUACCAUUGAAGAGGAUGAUGGCAGACAUUCAUACACACCUACAAAAUACUCUGCCAGAGAGUGAAGAUGCACCAUACAAGUUCUUCCUGGCUCAUGGGCCUAAAUUUCCAACCUGCUGUAGAAACAGGAA